AUGGACAGAACAGGAGUCGAGGGACAGGUCCGCCUGGCCAAUGGAGGAAACAGCUCCUGCUCUGGCAGAGUAGAGAUCUUCCUCCGUGGACACGAAUCAAAGCUGGCCGAGUGCCGGCACAGAGGGAUUGGAUCUCACAACUGUGGUCACAGUGAGGAUGCUGGUGUCGUCUGUGAAGCUGCUUCACCAGUGAGGCUGGUCAACUCUGACAACCGCUGCUCUGGCAGAGUGGAGAUCUACCAUGCUGGACAGUGGGGGACAGUGUGUGACGAUUCCUGGGACCUGAACGAUGCCAAUGUGGUGUGCAGACAGCUGGGCUGUGGCAGGGCUCGUUCAGCACUGCAACAUGCUGCUUUUGGACAGGGCAGUGGACCCAUCUGGUUGGACGACGUCAUUUGUUCAGGAAGGGAACCAUCGAUAACACACUGCAGACAUCCAGGGUUCGGGGUCCACAACUGUGGACAUAAUGAAGAUGCCAGCAUCAUCUGUGACACUGCUUCACCAGUGAGGCUGGUCAACUCUGACAACCGCUGCUCUGGCAGAGUGGAGAUCUACCAUGCUGGACAGUGGGGGACAGUGUGUGACGAUUCCUGGGACCUGAACGAUGCCAAUGUGGUGUGCAGACAGCUGGGCUGUGGCAGGGCUCGUUCAGCACUGCAAAAUGCUGCUUUUGGACAGGGCAGUGGACCCAUCUGGUUGGACGACGUCAUUUGUUCAGGAAGGGAACCAUCGAUAACAGACUGCAGACAUCCAGGGUUCGGGGUCCACAACUGUAGACAUAAUGAAGAUGCAAGUGUAGUCUGUGAAUUCCAACACCCUCCACUCCAGCCUCCUCAGCUCAUCUGUGGACGUGAUAAAAUCCAAAUAGGGCUAAAUAUGGCUGCCAUAACAUCCAUGGGUUUGAACCCACUCUCCGGAAACCUGGCAGUUCGCAACUGCUCCUGGGUCAGAAUGCAUAAUGAUGUAGUUUGGUACGAGGUGGACGCUCAGGCAGGUGCCUGUGGAAACACACUGAGGACCAACCGUACACACGCCAUCUACUCCAACAGUUUAUUUCUCUACCGAGGAAAUGUGUCCUUCUCACGUCCUGUGAGUCUUCCCUUCUCCUGUGCGUAUCCCCUCGACACAGACGCCAGCAUGAAUGUGGCUAUCAGACCAGUCCUGCCGUCUGCAGGUGGCCUCUCAGGCUUAGGUAGCAGAGCUAGAGCCUCCAUGUCUCUGUUCCGCACCUCCACCUUCACUCAGCCUUAUCCAUCUGGCUUGAUCACUCUCCCUGUGGGCUCACCUCUGCAUGUGGGCGUCUCUGUAUUAGUCAGAGACCCAAGCUUUGUAGUUGUCCUGGAGAACUGCUACGCCUCUAACUCAUCAAACCCCAAUGAUACCACACGAUACUUUUUCAUCCAGAACAAGUGCCCCACUGACCGACAACAAGUGGCAGUGAUUGAGAGCGGCUCAUCCCGACAGGCUCGUUUCUCCGCCCUGUUUUUCCUGAUCCACGGUGAAUACAGUGACAUUUACCUCCACUGCAGCCUCAGCCUGUGUGACCAGAGGAGCUCCCGCUGUGCCCCAUCUUGCAGAAGGAGGACAUCUCGCUCUGUUUCCAGCUCUGCUCCUAUGAACCCCCUCACCAUUGGACCAAUCACUUGGUACAAGUCACCUGAGUGAGCUGGUAACAUAUAGUAAUAAUACAAACUCAUUUCAUAGUGUGAUAUUAUUUUGUUUGAAUUUCUUUAUUCAUAAAUCGAUAAUAAAAAAACAUAUGUUACAUUGCAUAAUUGAAUCGUAACACACAUUGGUAUUCCUGAUUUGUACUAGCUGUGUAAUGAGCUGUGAAAUGAUUGAAGAAAAUAAAAAUCAAUG